GGGGGACAAUCUUGUAAAGUUGUGUUAUAGUGUAUUCAUCUUGACAAUAGCAUUUCAAUUACAUAGAAUUUCUCACAGGAGUUGAAGGGCAAAGGAAUUGACUCUUCAGUUCUUCCGUAAUAGUAGAAAAUAAUUCUCUUCUCUGUUACGUAAUUUAUUUCCCUCAGCCUAGUGUAUACAGAAAAACCUAUGAUACCACAUCUUUUUUACAGAUACAUAUCAUUAUUAUUGUUGCUCUCUCCGAAAGGUGCUUGUUGGAUCCCAAGUUCUUCUGCCCACGAAGUAAGGAAUGAUUUGUUAUUAUUGUUAAGGGAACAAUAUUCCUCUUUGUAGCCUGACCUGGCAUUGUGGGGAAUGUCUUUGUCUUAGUGAAUUAUAUGUUCAUUUUCUUUGGGGGCACUAAGAAGAAAUCUACGUAUCUGGUCCUCAUGCACUUGGCCUUUACGAAUAUCAUCAUCCUUUUUUGCAAGAUCAUUUCCAAGACAACAGCUGUUUUUGGUUUGAGAAACUUCCUGGGUGACUUAGGCUGUCAGCUGGUUGUGUGGCUGGAGUGGGUGGCACUGGAUCUUUCAAUCUGCACCAGUGGUCUCCUCACUGUGGUCCAAGUCAGCACCAUGAGUCCCAGAGGCUCCGUGUGGGUGAGAUUCAAGCCGGGGUCCGUCUGGAACAUUCUCCCCGUGGUCCCCUUCUUUUGGAUACUCAAUUCCUUCAUAAGCAUGAAUUUGUUUUAUUAUCUCAGAAACAGCAGCAGCUUAAACAAGUCAGAUGUCGAUGCAAGUGACAGCUACCGUGCUUUCGUGGCAGAGAAUCAGGUGACCAAGUGGCUGUUUCUGACCCUCAUGGCCCUGAGAGACACCCUGCUCCUGAUGCUCAUGGGCGCAGGGUUUCUCCAGCGGGAGCAUCACAAACACGUGCUCCACCUGCCCUGCUCCAGACUGCUCUACCACACUCCUGAGGAGAGAGCCGCGCAGAGUGUUCUCCUUCUGAUGCUUUGCUUUCUUCUCUUUUACUGGACAGAAGGUGUUGUUACUUUAUAUCUCAAUUCCUACUUUGAUAAUAGAUUGAUGGCAUUAAAUGUCCUAGAAAUUCUAGGACUUGGUUAUGCAGCUUUCAUCCCACUUGUGCUGAUUCACAGAGAAAACCUCACUGGAUUUUGUCACACUUGUUAAGAUUGCAGAAAGUGACCUUUGUUAUAAAGUUUAUAAUAAUGUUACACUAUGUGUUAAAAAACAAAAAAAGUGUAGGAAAAUAA